GAGACACCGGCUUGACAUUUUAAGGCUGAAAACCGACAGUCGCAAGUGGCAACAUUGUUGAAUUUCGACCGUCUGCUCGAGUCGUGUUGUGGUGCCUUUUGCACCGUGCGUUAAAAGAUAAGUUUUCGUCGCAACGUUCCGCUUUUUUUUUUAGUUUUGUUUUCACCGAAAGAGUUCCAGCGAUUAUGGCUUCGACGGGAAUCAGCCAAGAGGAGCGCGAAGAAAUCAAGGAGAGAUUCAACGAGAUUGACAAAAGCGGCGACGGGCACAUCGACAUGAAGGAGCUGCGCGAGGCCCUGGAGAUGUGCGGCCUGAAGAUAGCCGGCUACCAGAUCCGGCUGAUCGAAGAGGAGCACAAAAAAUUCAACAAAUCGAAGGUGAACGGCAAGCUCACCUACGAGGAGUUCGAGAAACUUAUCUGUGAUCUAAAGGCCAACGACGUGGCGAACACGUUCAGGACGGCCGUCUCGAAGCGGGAGAAUCUCCAGCACCUCGGCGGCACGUCGGAGGCCUCCAACGAGGGUACGACGCAUUCGGUGCGCGUCGAAGAGCAACUCGCCUUCUCCGAUUGGAUCAAUUCCAAUCUAUCGCACGAUCCCGAUUUGAAGAAACUCCUGCCGAUCGACGCCGAAGGGAAGCUACUCUACGAGAAAGUCAAAGACGGUAUUCUCCUUUGCAAAGUGAUAAACCACUCGUGCCCCGACACGAUCGACGAACGGGCGAUCAACAAAGAGAAGCUAACGCUGUACAGGAAAUUAGAAAAUCUAACGCUGGCGUUGUCGUCGUCGUCGGCGAUCGGCUGCAACGUGAUCAACAUCGACGCGCACAACCUGUCGAAGGGCACGCCCCACCUGGUGCUCGGCCUGCUCUGGCAGAUCAUCCGCAUCGGCCUCUUCAACCAGAUCACCUUAGAACAUUGUCCCGGCCUGACGACGCUCCUCGCCGACGACGAGAAGAUCGACGAGCUGAUGAAGCUGUCGCCGGAGGCGAUCCUCAUCCGCUGGGUGAACUAUCACCUGGAGCGCGCCGGCACGCACCGGCGCGUCACCAACUUCCAGAGCGACAUCGUCGAUUCGGAGGUGUACACGUACCUGCUCAAACAGAUCGCCCCGGCCGACGCCGACGUCACCACCGAGGCGCUGUUCGAGCAGGACCUGCACGAGCGCGCCGAGAUCAUGCUGCGGCAGGCGGCGAAGCUGAAGUGCCGGUCGUUCGUGACGCCGCAGGACGUCGUCAACGGCGUCUACAAGCUGAAUUUGGCGUACGUCGCCAAUUUGUUCAACAACCAUCCGGGGCUCGAGCAGAACGGCGCCGACGGCUUCGAGGCCAUCGAGGAAACCAGAGAGGAAAGAACGUACAGAAAUUGGAUGAAUUCGAUGGGAGUGACGCCGCACGUGAACUGGCUGUAUUCCGACCUAGCCGACGGUCUGAUCGUCUUCCAAUUGUACGACAUCAUCAAAGCGGGCACGGUGAAUUGGACGAAAGUCCACAGGAAGUUCACCAACGAACGGAAGAAGUUCAUGGAGAAGUUGGAGAAUUGCAACUACGCCGUGGAGCUGGGCAAGCAGAACAAGUUCUCGCUGGUCGGCAUCGGCGGGCAGGACAUCAACGAGGGCAACGUGACGCUGACGCUGGCGCUGAUAUGGCAAUUGAUGCGGGCGUACACGCUGUCGAUCCUGAGCCGGUUGGCGCACUCCGGCAAUCCGAUGGUCGAAAAGGAAAUCGUUAAUUGGGUGAACAAUAAACUGGUUUCCGCCGGUAAGAAAUCGGCGUUGCGCAACUUCCAAGACGGCUCUAUCGCCGACGCUAAAGUCGUUAUCGACCUUAUAGAUGCCAUCAAGCCCGGGGCGAUCAACUACGAUUUGGUCAAGCCCGGAUCGACGGAAGAGGAGAGAUUAGCGAACGCCAAGUACGCCAUUUCGAUGUCGCGCAAGGCGGGGGCGCGGGUGUACGCCCUUCCGGAGGAUAUAACCGAGGUGAAACCUAAAAUGGUGAUGACGGUCUUCGCUUGCCUGAUGGCUCUCGAUUACAUUCCAAAUAUGGAAAACGCGAACGCGAAGCAAAACAAUCAAUAAGUUUUUUUUUGUUUGGUUUGUUGUUUCUUUGGGUUUUUCAUUUUUUCCUGAAACGCUGCUAUUUCGUCUCGAGUUACCAGUCAUUUGAAAUUCGAUCCACAAAACGCGGAAAAGACGAUUUUUUUUUAUAUUAUAUUAUAUUCCAAAAGGCAAAUGUUGUGAUAUUUAAAAUGAUUUUUUUUAUAGUAAUUAUAUUUGCGUAUUUUACUUUUAACAUUCCUUUAUUAAUUAAUUAAUUUAGUGACAUUGAGAAAGCGGACAUUCCUUUUAUUUUUUUUGAAAAUUCAUGGAAAAAAUGAAAACGCAUCGUCUUAUUUUAUUUUACUAAUUAUAUAAUAUGUAUAUCAUUAUAUUUUUUACUCACAUUGAGAGUUCAGGUAUUAGAAGGUUUUUUUUGCUAAGUUUUUGAAUACUUUUUUAUUGCAUUGUAUUAUUUUUAUAAUUUAAAGUUUCAAUUGAUAUUUUGCUAAACAUUUAUUAUCUGGACUAAUGAAAUCAGAGCAUUUAAUGUACAUUCCAUUUUUAAUCAUCUGGUUGUGUUUUAUAAGUAUGAUGCUUUAAAUUUGAUAAAAUCAAUUGAAAUUAUUAGUUUUUGUGACUAGUCUUCAUUACGUAGGUAUUAAAUACAAAAUUAACAUUUUCAUACCUUAUUUGGGGGUUUUGGUGCAAUAGUUGUAAAUUUAUUUAAUUGUACAAAUAUGACUGGGUGUGAAAAAUUAUUCAUUCCAUUUAUAUUUAUUUAAUCAUCAUUUGUACUAUUAUGCACUUUUAAUUUAUUUAUACAUUUUUGGCUUUAUAUGCAAUACCAAACUAAGUGCCAUUUUAACCAAGUUAAACUAGGAUUUGUAAUUUUCCAUACAAAAUAAGUAUUACGUAUUUAUACAUAACAUUUGUACUUUGUAAGUUUAUAAAUUUUCAUUAAAAUAGUCAUUGCUUUAAAUAAAUGGAAUAUGCCAAAAAAAAGUAUAUCAUUUAUAAGCCCGAAAUUCUCUACCUGCAAAAACGAAGAAUAAACUUUGAUACAAAAAUGAUUUUGGAAACAUUUUAAUAAUUCUAUUACCGAGUUAAUAAUAAUGUCUUACAGUGUACCUUUCCAACGUCACAUUUUAUUGUUAUAUAUUAUACAAUGAAAACUGAAAUUUUACAGCUACGUUCCAGCAAAUAUUCGAAUCGGUUUUGAACUUGGCUACUGCAAAAUGUUACUAAAAGUUCGAAACAGGUUCGAGAGGAUCUUAGAACAUGGUUCAAAUAUGUCUUUUAAAAUGAUUUGUUAUCAAGUGUUACAAGGAUGCGGGAUAUAACAGUCUUAUUUAAUCGUUUAUUUCUAAGAAGCACAUUUAUUUACACAAGUCCAGUGUAAAUUAACAAACACUGUGGUCCAUCUAUUUAGUGAUUUACAGUACAAGAGCAGCAAAGCGGACACUUAUAAAUUAGAACUAAUAAAAUUAAAAAAAAAAAACAUAAUUUCAAUGUACUAGAUCUUGCUUGAUGUCAAUAAUUUUAUCACAGAUUUAAAUUACGGUUAUAAAGCCGAUCACAUUUUUUUUUGAUAAUCAUAUUGCACUUUUCGAACGAAUUUCCAAAAUAAUUAAAAUUUUGUCACAAGAUCCAGUAGUAGGAAAAGGAAAAAUAAGGAUAUCCCGACAGUUACAAACAACCCUCCCCUAUGUAGAGAAUGAUUUUCUGCAAACGAAAUGUAAAUUACACACUGACUGUAUAGUCGUAAAAAUAAAAUCAAACUAAAAAAAUGAUUACCAUUAAAAAUCCUAUAUAAAUAAUAAAACUAAGUCCUUAAUACUGUUUAAGUAUGCUGCCAAAUUUUGGAAAAUGCAAUGUAUUAAAAUAUUUGUUAAUAUCAUCAUAUUUCGCAUUUCUUUUCUUACCGUCAUAGUCGUUGAAAAUACAAAUUACAUAUUAUGAACUUUAGUAAUACUAAAUAUAAUUUCAAUAUUUUUCUAUAUAAAUUUUUACGAGGUUCAAACAAUUCCUCCCAACGUCGAAACUCACCAUGAAAGGUAUAUAAUUUGAGAAACACGAUAAAAGGAGCUCAUUCUUUUAUUUCUUUAGAUAAUGUUUCAUAUAAAUUGAGCAAUAUAUUCAUUACAACUACAAAAAUAGAACGUCUGAUGAGUUUGCCAAUAAAAUUAUAGUUUGAACCUACU